GCGAAAUUCAGUGUCACGUGAUGGUCGCGUUGAGGACGUGUCAGCUCCGCUUGAAAUGUGAGAAAUAAUUGUACCGAGUACAUCCAUCAUCAUCCAUUUUCACAGCCUGUGUAGACCCCUCCCCGUGAUAUCCCCUGCCAUCCCGCCCACAGCCGCACACGUCGAUAUUUAAUCAUCUUGGUUUAAGACACCGCCAGAAGUCUUUUUUACGCGUGAGUACUCGUUUUGUCGAGUACAAUAUGUAUAGCGCUUAAAAGUGACAAUCGAUACACAUAGCCUAGCAGUCACCUGCCAUGUCAGACACGCGACCCACUCUAAGCACCUCGCUUUCAUUUACUGGCACAUCAUCUACGAACGCAACUCGCGCUCCAAAGCGACGUUUGACGUCUACUUCAGACCUUCCUUUUUUCACGCCUGCCGCCACAUCAUUUAAGCCAAAGCCCUAUACACCAAAUGGCUCUUCGGUUCCCGUCCCGCCCCCGCCCAAAUUGCAAUCUGCUGUACGGACGCAUUCAGCGUCAUCUCUAGUUCAACAUAUGCCAAUGAUGGAUCCCUCCCCGUCUGACCCGAAUAUCGUUUUUCUUCAUCCGCCGUUCGUUGCCUUUCCAAACGCUCACCUGUAUCCGGAAGGCCUCUCCUACUCUUUGAUGGCUGCGAAUCCGGAUUGGUUCUUGGAACAGAACGAUUUUGUCAACGGUUCAUCAAACAAUCCAGAUGCAAUUCCUUAUCCUCCGCAGCUCGAACCGCCCAGAGGAUGGUGCCCAGCCAAGAAAAAGGAUCUCAAGGCUUUGGGUCCUGAUGGCUGGCCCGAAGGGGAAGAGCCAAGGCUGCGUUGCACGUUCUGCAGGAGAACGUACGCAGGGGUCAAUGCAAAGAGCAUGUGGAGGCGACAUGUGUAUGAGAAACACAAGAUUGCCAUGUCGAAUCGUCGUGAGGGACAUGAUCGCACACGUGGUGGCCGCGGAUCUGGCAGGGAACGAAAUAACCAUCACGACAAGGAAAAUUAUACAGAUGAUCGUCGAGGCUCCAGGGGACCAGACUACAAAUCCAGGAAGUCAGCAACCGGAGGGUCAACCUUGUCCUCAAGGAAUAGCGUAACACCUACCCCAGACCCAGAGGAUGAUGAUGAUGAUGCAGAUGAUGAUGAUUAUCAUAUGCCCUCUGCGCCUUUCAUUAAACAGAAUGAGUUCCCUGCCCUUUCGUCUCCUCCUGUCCUCAAGCACGCAAGGCCGUUGGACGAGGAGGUCACUCUGACAGAUUCCUAUGAUUCGCGGGCAAGUCAAGCUGAUGAUACGAAUGCGUCUCCAAAAACAUCAAGCUUUGUCGUUCCCAUGUCUCCUUACGACCCAACAUUGACACCAUCGUUCCGCCACUCUCCACCGCGCCUUCCUUCAGACCAGCCCUGGCGCUUCCCGAGUCCCAGCCACCCCCUACAUUCGGGGGCGAGGGAAUUUUGCCUAUCUAUGCUCGCUCGUGCCACUCCUGCUACGAAAGGUUCCUCCGCCAUUGACUCAAGUUCCCCAAGCACUGGUACGACGAGCGUCAUGAAUACCCCAUGCAGUACUACAUUCCGCGGAAAAACGUUUGGCGACCUUAGCAGCAUAUUCACCGAAGGAAGCUCUCCUAUCAUCUUCAGACCUUCACCACGCCACCUUUUUUCUGAUAGUCGUUCACCAGUGCCAGUUUUUGCUCGCCUUGACUUCCGCAAACGCUUGAAUGACUCUCCGCUCGGUGGUGGUUUACGUCGCAAGAGUCAUGACCGAAAAAAAACUGCUAUGAGCAACUCCUUUGACUUGCAGGGCGGCUGGCUUUCUGACAACUCGCUCUCAUCUUCGGUGAGCAGCUUGAGCAGUGGAGCAAUACCAAGUCCUACCCGCCUAACCAGCGAUGAUCCCUUUGGGAGCCCAUUCAAGCCGCUUGAGUCUAAUUUGCGACACCCGCCCGAAAAGAGGAUCAUAUCACCACCUCGAUCUAGUCCAGACGCGGAAAGCCCAGUGAUGAGACAUUUCCGUCUACCGGACAAGGGAAUGUCAAAAUCCAAUGACGACGGCCUCAUUGGUCUAGGCAUUGGGCUGAUGGCACCAUUUGAUCUUUCUACCUCCCAUGUUUCUCAUCGCGAAGCAGAGGAGAAUGAUGAAGCGGAAGUUGAGGGAGUGUUGAUGGAUGUCUCUGAUGAUUUGGCACCACCAUCAAAGAAACGCAGGGUGACAUUUGGUUAGCCUGAGUAAUCUUGUUUGUUCCACCAGUUUUCGAUCCGCUUUGCCUUUGUAUGUCGUUAUCUGAAUGGUUUUCGCUAUUUAUCAGCUCCAGAAUUUCUCAUUUGGCUUUGGCAAUUGUUUCAGACCUGUACACCCGUGUUUUGAUGCACACCCUACCUUACUUGUAUACUGUUUUACCUUGACAUGUAUUUGUUUCCGAGGCCGGUUCUAAAGAACGAAACCCAAAGCUAGGGUUUCCUAUUGGCCGGAUUGUCUCGGGAGCGGAAUAUCAAAUAUAAUUGCUAUUAAUAUUGGCCAA